AUGGAUGGAACCCAUGUACCAGGCAGACUUCCCCCCAAAGCGUCGGCCUACGCCAGUCUCGACCAUGCCCCUGUCACUUCGGUCCUGCAAGAUGGCGAUGUCCCUUAUACGGACCAUGCCAUGGACGCAGAUGAGCGGAUAAUCACCGCAUUGGGAUACAAGCAAGAAUUCAAGCGUGAAUUCUCCCUAUGGACGACAUUCUGCGUCAGCUUUGCCGUGCUUGGUUUGUUGCCGUCGUUCGCCAGAAUGGGUUAUGCGGGAACAGCUGGUAUGGUUUGGGGCUGGAUCAUCGCCAUGAUUUUUAUCCAGUGUGUCGCUCUGUCCAUGGCAGAACUAUGCUCGGCCAUGCCCACCAGCGGCGGCCUCUACUACGCAGCAGCAGUGCUUGCGCCUCCAAAGUAUGGCCCCUUCGCGGCAUGGAUCACUGGCUGGUCCAACUGGAUCGGUCAGAUAACCGCCGCGCCAUCUGUGGACUAUUCCCUGGCUGCCAUGAUCCUCGCUUCUGGUUCCAUAACGAACCCGAGCUAUGUUCCGACCAGUUGGCAGACGUUCGUUCUGACCGCCCUUGUCAUGAUUCUCCACGCGGCAAUCAGCAGUAUGCCGACUAAAUGGGUUGCUCAGUUUAAUUCGUAUGGGUCAACGUUCAACAUGCUCGCACUCAUCGCCGUUAUCAUCGCCAUUCCGGCGGGGACCAAGAAUGAGCCAAAGUUCCAACCGUCCAGGGAAGUCUGGGGCACCAUCACCAAUAUGACGGACUUCCCGGAUGGGGUGGCCGUGCUCAUGACCUUCGUCGGCGUUAUUUGGACCAUGUCUGGAUAUGACUCCCCGUUCCACCUAAGCGAGGAAUGCUCCAACGCCAACAUUGCUUCGCCGCGCGCAAUCGUCAUAACAUCGGGCGUAGGUGGACUGAUGGGCUGGUUCUUGCAGUUGGUCGUCGCUUACACAGUGCUGGACAUCGAGGCUGUGAUUGAUUCGGACCUUGGCCAACCCUGGGCGUCCUAUCUGCUGCAGGUCCUGCCACAGAAGACGGCCAUGGCUAUCCUCGCGCUGACCAUAAUAUGCGGAUUCUCCAUGGGUCAAGGCUGCAUGGUCGCUGCAUCGCGGGUGACGUACGCCUACGCUCGCGACGACUGCUUCCCCUGGUCCAAAUACUGGAAGAAAGUCGACCCUCGCACCAAGACGCCCGUGAAUGCGGUGGUAGUGAACGCCGCUAUUGGGAUCCUGAUGUGUCUCCUGAUCCUGGCAGGAGACGUGGCGAUUGGCGCGCUGUUCUCCAUCGGAGCCAUUGCCCAGUUCGUAGCCUUCUCUAUCCCCAUCGCGAUUCGCGUCUUCUUUGUCGGAGACCGCUUCCGUCGGGGCCCAUGGCAUCUGGGGCCCUUUGGGCCCGUCAUCGGUGGGCUGGGAGUAUCAUUUGUGCUGCUGAUGGUGCCGAUUCUGUGUCUACCCAGUGUCACGGGAGGGAACCUGACGCCGGAUCUGAUGAACUGGACGUGCCUCGUGUACGGCGCCCCGAUGCUGGCGGUGAUCAUCUGGUGGGUGGUAGAUGCCCAUAAAUGGUUCACUGGGCCGAAGGUGAAUGUGGAGCAUGCCAUCCAUCCUGUGGAGGAUGGGUCCGCCAUUGUCCAUGUGGGGGUGGAGAUUGAAGAUCCAGACAGCAGUGGAGGUGAACCGGCGGAUACAGUUACACCCAAGUUGAAGCCGUAG